UUUCAAUUGAAUAGUCACGUAUUCAAGGGUUCAAUUUCAAACCAUUUGUCGGCAGCGUCAACAAGCAGGCAUGCUGCAUGCUAGUCGGCUAACGCUUUUACUUCAGAACACUCAUGGCUAACGAACUGCAGGCGCGUUCCCCGCUAUCCAGAGCGCGUGGAGUUCAUGAAGAGUGGACGCAGGUCACAGAUUCGCUCCGCCGUAUAGGCAAUGAGCUCAACCAAGUAGUUAUCGACUCAGUGGACGAAUCUAGAGCGCACAAAACUCGAGCUACGGAAUGGGAAAUCAGACAUGAUGAUGUUGUCACGGAGAACAACGCCUUCAGAGCCCAUAACGAGGAAUUGAAACGUCUACUCGAACUCAACCAGCCUGAUGUAGGGAGCGCGAUCGAGGGUAGAGACGCCGCAUAUCGUAAACUGCGACAUGUCCGGCGCGUAAUGCGCAAUCUCUUGGUGGAUUUGGCGCUUGAUUUUGGAGAUAGCCCAAGUGAAGGUGCUUCGUUGCUGUUACAGUCAGAACCUCAGCCACGAUACAAGGAGAUUGGUGCCUCCCCGUCCCCUUCUGGCCACAGUCGCAGAAACGAUGAGUCCUCUAACAGCUCUGGUUCUGGCAACACUGCGCUCCCGAUAUCUAAGGGAAAGGAACGUAGCUCGCUCAAAACCCCGAUGAUCGUGCCGGCUUCAUCUCCAGCCUCGACUUCAUACUCUCGUGCAUCAAGAACAGGAGUGAGCGGAGCUGUAUCUGAUCUCAGCAAUCAGCAGAGAUCAUCUGGAUCCAACAAAUCAUCCGAGCCUUCUGUGGACUUGUCUGUACAUGCUGCGAGAAACUCUUCUGGGGGUGGCGGCGAUAUUUGGAGGCUGACUUCAUCUCGCAGCCCCCGGAGUGCGGAAGUAAUUUGUCCGGUUGACAUGCAAUUGUUGCAGGAACAGCUGAACCUUGGCGAAAACACGAUAUACUCUCUAGAAAGCCUUGGACAGGCGGAUGAACACUGUUUCCGUUUACAGAUUGUCGACAACAUGGCAUUUGUCCACGACCCGUUCUCGAUGGAUGGACCAGGCGAAUCUCUUCUGAUGGACUGGGGCACCCCAGAUGCUAACGAGACAGUCCAUGCGUACAUUGUCAAGAAACGCCCUAGAGACCGUGUUCUUCACACGUUCACCUUUCCCGUGAAGAGAGGAGUUUGGUAUUAUAUUGGCGCCCACAAAUGGAACGUGAAGGACCUUUUUGAGGUCUGGCCUACUCUGGGUGAUAAAGCUAAGGAAGUCGUUACCGGUAAACUGCAGAGACGUUGCAGCCGCAGGCUCUCCCAGCAAGAAAUUACUGAGAUGAUUCAAGACGGGCGACUUCAACAGUUCUGUAUUGAAGUGAGCAGUCAGUCGUUGAAGGAUCUCAGUCGAGGAUUUGCGAAGACAAGUUUAGGUUACGAGGGAGGGAACGUUGUCCAAUGAUCCUGAUGGUAUCUUGGUGUAUCUUUUUUUCGUUGCCAUGUUUUAUGCUUGGUCAACGGUGAAUGUACAAUGGAGGACAGGAUUUGCACAAUACGAUCAGACACAAUUGAGUACGUUUCA